AUGUCUCCUUCAACUGGCAAAAGUACCAGCAAUACAUCAGUCGCCUCUGACGAGUCCUGUCGGUUUGAAACCAUCCAGAUUAUCGACACAGAGGAGCCUGAGUUUUAUCGAAGAGGAGGCUUUCAUCCAGUUCACAUCGGCGAUCACUUUGACAGCAGACGGUACAGAAUUGUCCACAAGCUUGGUCAUGGCGGCUUCUCCGUCGUAUGGCUAGCUUACGAUUCUUGGGAGUCAACCUGGGUGGCACUCAAGAUCGUGGCAGCUUCGGACUCCUCUAUGAUGGAAGAGAAAGCAUUAAUGUGCCACAACAUCAUUUCUAGCAUGAACGAUGAGAGAUUCGUUACUUACAAACGCUUCUUUUACAUCGAAGGACCCAAUGGCCGCCAUCUAUGUCUAGUCCUACCACCUUGUGGUCCUUCUUGCAACACCAUGUCCCAAUACCUGCAGAGUAGGAUUCACCCCUGGCUGGCACGUAAAGUAGCUUCCCAAGCUACCAAAGCUAUCGCACAUCUUCAUUCCCAAGGGCUUUGUCAUGGAGACUUUACCCCGAGCAACAUCGUGUUUCGCAUCCGUAACCUUGAUCACCUUGAUGAUCAAGGUAUAUACGAUCUUUUUGGCGAACCUCAACGUGAUAGCUUGAGAACAAUUUCUGGGGAACCUACUGGCGCAGAAGCGCCUCGAUAUAUCGUUGGCAAUCUCGACUUCACGUUAGCAGAGGAUCUCAUACUUGAUGAAAUCUGUUUGAUCGACUGUGAUCAAGCAUUUUUGUCCUCGUCUUCCCCGAGGAAAACACUUGGGACACCUCCAGGCUUUCUGGCGCCUGAGGUGGCAGUUGGAAAACCUGCCAGCCCGGCGAGUGAUGUUUGGGCUUUGGGCUGUUCUAUCCUACAGAUCAGGUCAGGCUCUUCUCCUUUCUCAAUUCCCAACGUCGAUAGCCCAGCAAACUUGCUUGGAUGGGUCAGCGAGUACCUUGGCUGCAUGCCGACAUCAUGGGGUGAGCCUCUAUUCGAUGAUGAUGGCCUCCCAACGACGGACACGACCAAUGGCGAGCCCCUAGGCGAAGUGCUCGAAAACACGAGAUCGCUCACGCAAUGGAUCAGAGAUAUCUGGGAUCAACCAGAGAAUCUUGAGGAGCUUCAGUCAGCAUCAACUGCGCCAGAAAGAGUGAAGGAUGAGAACAAGCCAUAUCUGGAAUGUUACAGCAACAAAUUUUGGAAACCGGCCGCGAUCAGAAUUGACAAUGUCUACCUUGGAGCAUACUCCGACAAAGUUGACAAGAUCAUUGAGUCACUGCCGAAAAUAUCGACGCAGGAAGCUGACUUGCUAUCUGAUUUGAUAUCCGGGAUUUUUGUUUACGAGCCUGCACAGCGAGUGUCUGCAAGACAUAUCUUAGCUCAUCCAUGGUUUCACAUGGACGAUACGAGAUGA